AUUCUGUCUAACCCAAUAUUCUGAUUGGUAGAUAUUUCCCGCCAAUAUUCUGGAGAGGAGUGGAUUAUAUUCGGGCGCCAAAACGCACACGCUCGUUGCUUGGUGCCGGGUGCCGUGUGUUGUGUAUCUUUCCACAAUUUUUAUCGAAGAAUGUAAGAAAACGCGAAUGGUUUGUCGAUAAAUAUUUGACCGUGCAACAUAAUACUUAACUUGGCAUUAUUAUCAACGGGACACUGAACAAUAGGUGAACCCAAGAAAUCGGCAGUACGUCCAACGUGCCACAGCAACACCCGGGUUCUGCAAAUAUUUCAGAAACGUGGAAGUAUCUUGUAAACCGUGAAAGAUGUUGAGCGUAGCAACAGCAGCGGUUCACCGGAAUAUACGGCCAAAAGCCGCUAACACGUCACCAAGUUCACCUAAUAUUAUGGUUGACACCAGCCUUACAUGGAAUGCAGAACUGACUCAAUCUGCUAAGCGGAGACGUAAUCAUCAAGGUCCUUGUAGCGCUCGCAAGAAACUAAUACAGAGUCCUACAGAAGAUAUAUCUUUGAAUUUAAAUCUCAAUAGUAAUGAGAUCACUUUGACACCGAUAAAGAAAACUGUAGGUAACGCAGGCACUGCUGAUCGAAAUGAUUAUCAUCAAACGCCUACCGAUAUUGCAGAUAAAAAUGUUAGUAACAAAGCAAAUGAUGCCACUUCCAUGAGCAAGUGUGAUGACGUUUAUCUUAUAGUAGAAGUACAUGAUAAUACUGCAUCACCAAAAAAAAAUGCCGCAGGCAAAAGUGACCAAACAGAAUCAAAAAAUUGCUCUUUGAUGCCCUUUGUGAAUUCAGAUGAGAUAAGUAUUCGACCGAUAGUUAGAAAACCGAUUCAUAGAAAAAUUGAGAAAGAUGAAGAUACUAUUUUAAGGUCUGAGUUAACGAUAAUCAAGCCCAAUUUUGGAGAGACUUCAGUGCCAGUAUCUGAGGAUGUGCCCAAUACCACAGAAAUACAAGUGCAAAUCAAGUCUACUAGUCCAAAAACUCCUGUUUCAAAAGCCACAAAAUGUACAAAUCUGGCAUCUACCAGUACUCUCAAAGCAAAUAGUAGUCUUGGAAAUGCUUUGAUUACCACGGAAAAUUUCUAUAAAAAAUCACCUGCCCAAAGAUCGACAGCAACAACACCACUUUCACUGUCAAAAAAAAAUCAAAAUCCGUCCAAAUCUAAUUCACCUAUUGGUAUGAAGGCAAAGAUAGCAAGAGCGGUUGAAAAUUUGAAAAACUCAACAGAAAAUUCUAUAAAUAUAUUUUCAUUAAACACAAAUGAUCAAACAAAAUUGAAAACGACUAACCACAUCGUGAGUUCAACUCCAAAGGUUGCAGUGAUCAUAAAUCCUGUUGUGCCAAAUCUGCAGGAAAUAUGUACCGCCCACAAUAAUUUUGAUACAUCUGCUAUUCCGGAGGAAAUGUUCAAUCCCUGGGAUGGGAAUGAUCUUGAAGAAAGUGGACCAACCUUACUUGGCAGCAUUAAACAGCUGGAAAUACUGAAAAUCCCAGAUGAUACGUUGCUAACAACAGAAACUGAUUUACAAGAACCAUAUCACUUGACUGGAUUCCCAAACCCACCUGGAGAAAACAGAUGUUGGUUAAAUGCAACCUUGCAAGCAUUAUUUGCUAUGCCCCUGCUGGACACAUUCCACCACUACAACUUGCAGGAUUGUUCAAAAUUAACCAAAUAUUUGAUCAGUACCAAAGUACAUUGGAUGAAGGGUACCAGUGGAAGGGAAAAGGCAUAUCAAACUGUAAAAUUAUUAAAAGAAGAACUUGGUGUACUUGAUGAAACGUACCCCUCCGAGCGUCAACAAGAUGUAUCUGAGUUUCUGAUGAUUCUCCUGAACCAUAUUAAAUCAGACUUGGAAAAGUUGAUUUCAGCUGAAGAAGGCGUGAAUGAGAUGGAAAAUGUACCAAAAAAUCAGCAAGAUUCCCAUAAAGUGUUGAAGACACCUCAGACACCUAACAAAAGACAACCAUUAGCAGACAUUUCUAUACCAAAAAGUAACGGUAUCAAAAGAAGCCACAGUCUUGGAGAUCCUAACCAAAGCCCAAAGUUAAGAAAACAAACUCUGAGUCACAGUGUUCAAGAUUUAUUGAGUCCAAAACUACGUAAAUUGUCUCACCCAUCAGAUCCUUCUUACAAAGUGCACACACCACCAUCGGCACCAACAAAUGAUGAGACAAUAUUGCUUAAAAAUCCUGUUGAUGAGAACUUCCAGCUUCAUUUAAUGGAACAUUACACUUGUAAAGGAUGUCAGAAGCAUCGCCAAAAAAAAGUUGAUAACCUUAUGCUUUUUGUUGACAUUCCUUCAGACGAUAUUAUGUCACCGAUAGAUUUGCAAAAAGCUGUAGAGAACAUUUUUGCACCAGAAGAGAGACAUUUAACUUGCGGAACAUGCAAACAUGACGUUCAUACAAUGCGUACCACAUUUAGGCGUCAACCCAAAAUUCUGACGCUACAGGUGAAUAGGUAUGGAAUGUCCAGUGAGGGAAUAUUUUCUAAAAUAAGCACUGAUGUUACGAUACCAAAGAAUUUGGAUCUCAGUGCAACAUUCUUAAAUGAUGCAUCCAAAAAUUCAACCGCAUAUGAGCCAAUCUGCAUAAUAGCACAUGCCGGUGGCACUAUGGACUGUGGACACUACACGAGUUACGUCAGGCAUGGAAAACAGUGGUAUCACUACAACGAUAUGGAUGUAGCACCCAUGACAGAAGAAGAAGCAUUGUCCGCAGCCCAAAUGACUGCUUAUCUUGUAUUCUUUGUGAAAUCGGCAGAGCAGGACUCUGAUGAGGUAUAAGUUUAAGUUUUACAGGUCAGAUUUUAACUAGAACAAACACUCAACAUUUCUAAUUCGAUGAAAACUAGUGUCCCUUUCAUACUUACACCAGUUCAAAAAUUACAUUUGAUUAUAAGUUCCCUAGCCAGACAAAUUACAAAAAGCAGUUUUCAUAAUAAUAAUUGUUGUCUUAUUUCUAAU